UUUGGAGGCAGGUUAAGAGCGCUCGGUGGUCGGGCCACGCGUUCCUGAGAAGGUUCAAUGGCGUGGCAGGGGAUGGUGACCGAGUUCCUGCAGGUGCCGGCGGUGACGCGGACCUACACCGCAGCCUGCGUCCUCACCACCGCCGCCGUGCAACUGGAGCUCCUCAGCCCCUUCCAGCUCUACUUCAAUCCGCACCUCGUGUUCCGGAAGUUCCAGGUCUGGAGGCUCGUCACCAACUUCCUCUUCUUCGGGCCCCUGGGAUUCAGCUUCUUCUUCAACAUGCUCUUCGUGUUUCGCUACUGCCGUCUGCUGGAGGAGGGUUCCUUCCGCGGCCGCACGGCCGACUUCGUCUUCAUGUUUCUCUUCGGGGGUGUCCUUAUGAUCCCUCUUCUUCCUGGGCCAGGCUCUCACAGCCAUGCUGGUAUACGUAUGGAGCCGCCGCAGCCCCCGGGUGAGGGUCAACUUCUUCGGCCUCCUCACCUUCCAGGCGCCAUUCCUGCCCUGGGCGCUCAUGGGCUUCUCAAUGCUGCUGGGCAACUCAAUCCUCGUGGACCUCCUGGGGAUUGUUGUGGGCCACAUCUACUACUUCCUGGAGGAUGUCUUCCCCAACCAGCCUGGCGGCAAGAGGCUGCUGCUGACCCCUGGCUUCCUGUGAGUGCUGAGAUGACAGCCCUCCCUACUCCCCCCCAGAUGGUUCCCUACCCCAUGGGGGAACCCCUGUUGGCUGAAGCUCAGCGUGGGCCCCUCCCCACAGGAAGCUGCUACUGGAUGCCCCAGAGGAGGACCCCAAUUACCUGCCCCUCCCCGAGGAGCAGCCAGGACCUCUGCAGCAGUGACCCCACCCAAGGCCAGGGCCAGCCCCAGGGGCCCAUCUUCCCGGCCUCCGGCAGGCCUGCAUUCCCCCCGCAACCCCGGCUUGUAGCACAGCUACCUGUCCUGGAGGCUGGGCCAUGCCCAGGGCCCACCCGAAUAAACAAUGACCUGUAUCCUCUUCACACACAGCACUGGCCCUCCUGCCUCGGCCGGCCACACCUUUCCAUGCAGGGUAGGUGCUGCUGGCCUUCACCAAGGGCCACCAACCGAGCCUGACCUGCUCUCUCAGACCAAGAGCAGGUGGUAGGAUGGGAGGCCCAGAGAGGGUCCAGAACCUACCCACAAUUGCCAAGCAGAGCUUUGAGCUCUCAUCCCCACCCUGACUGUGCCUCAAUUCAGCCUUCAGUGAGGGGUGUCAGAUCUUGGUGGCGGGGCCAGGACUGGGCUAGCCGGUCAUGCUGAGCCCAGUCUGUGGUGGCUGCUGCCCGAGGGGCCCUCAGGCUGAUGCCUCCCUAGGCCCCUCCUGUCCCUCACCAGCAACCCACAAGGGGAGCUUUGCCUCAUUUUCCAGCUAAGCAGCUAAAGGACUGGCUAAGUACCCACAGGGCCAGGUGCAGAAAGGGGGCAGGCCCUUUCUGUGACCCCAAAGCCUUAAGUGUCACCUUAGCAGAGUCCAACGGCUGAGGCGGAGACCUCUGGGAAGCUCUGCCCCUGCCAUUUUCAGUUGAGGACGCGGAAGCCUCCUCUGGCCCACAGCUCACUUGCAUCAGAUGACCAGUCCACAUGGUUUAUUCCUGGAUCGUCACCAGCACGAGCGCUCCUCCAGCCACCGGCUGUCACAUUCACAGAUGACAGAAGUAUUCGCCAUGGAAUUGGACCUUGACGUUGUAGUGAAACCUUUGGUGCAGCAGUGGGCUCUGCGGUGGGCAGGUGGCAUGUGAAGGCCCCUCGCCGGGCCUCUCCCAGGCAGGUGGCCAGCCUGGCCAGUGGGCUGAGGCAGGCAGGGUGUGUCCCACCCACCAGCUGGGGGCUUGGGCCACCUCCUGCUGGCCUGAACACACACCUCAGCAGUGGAGCCCACUUGUCUCCAAAGCCAGCUGGGCCUGGAGCCUUCCUCUUUGUUCAGGGCCUUCCAGUGAAGCCCAGCUGUCUCCUUGCUUGGGGUCCAGCAAGUUCCACUCCUGGAUGAAGGGCAGUGGCUGGAGUACAAAUUCCUAGGACGUGCUCAUGAAGCCCCCCACCACCCCCGCCCCAGCCCAGACGCUAGCCCCAUCUCACCCCACAUCCCACAGCGAGAACCCUCAGAGCUCUGCCCCUGCCCAGUGUGGGGCUUGGGCUGGGUACUGGGUGCCAUGGGGCCCCAGCCAUGCUCCGGGGAGCAGAGCAGUCCUGACCCUCAGCCCUGCCAGCAACUGAAGGUGCGGGGUCUGGGCCCAUGGUCUUCAGUUAGACUGUAGCUGUGCCCGGGUCACCCUGCGGUGCCUGGCCCAGUGAGGAGGCCCCCAUGUGCCACCCUCCUGGGUCCCACAUCGCAGGCAGAGUGGGGACCCUUCCACAUUACAGAAGAGGAUGCAGAGCUGCAUCACUCUACGAGUUGGCGCCAGGUUGGGUGUACUGCUCCACACUCUUCUCCUGUUACUCCUCACAACCGGUGGGGAGGGAGGGGCUGGCCCGGCCACAGCAUCAGCUGGGGGUGGAGAUGGGCCCCAGUCCACCUGUUAUGUGUGAGGUGCUAGGAGGUGUGGCAAGAGCAGUGCACACCUGCUGGAGCUGAACAGCUGGGCACGGGCACCCGGGCUGGCAACACGCCCUCAAUGACCGCAUAAGAUGGGGCCUCUCCAAGGACCAGAGAAGCAUGCUCCUGGCUGGGGGCGGAGCUGUGGCUGAUAGGGCAAGCGGCCCUGCCUGCUGAGCCUCACCACCUUCUCAUCCCUCUGGGACUGCAAGGACUUGCUGAGCACAGGUGGGUGGGAUGCCGGGGCCAAGGGGAAUCAAAACUGCUCUGACUCAGGGGCCUUGCAGGGCUGAGAAUAGAGCCACGGCCCUGCUAAGGCCCAGCUGGGGACAUGAGGUGGAGGAGGGUGAGGGGUCAGCCCGCAGCCUCGACCACGUGUGCUCUCCCCCAUUCUUGUUUUUAUGCCACCACUUUGAAG